GGGCAUUUCUCCUCGGGUUGGAGGCUUUCGCUGGGAAAAUGGCCGAUAAUUUGGAUGAAAAAAUGAAAUCGUUGAAAAUCUCCAAAGCUCCGUCGAUGUCGAAUUUGCCAUUGGACGCCGUUCAUAAAGUUGUGGAAAAAGUAGAACCAAUCGAUCGGCUUUCUCUUCGAAAAGUCUGCCGCAACUUUCGUGCAAUCGUCGAUGACAAGGAUCCGGGAUUCAAGAGUCUUUGGCUUGAUUUAUUUGAUAAUACGUUUCAAUUUGAGCUGUUUGAUGCGAAAAGUAAUGCCAUACAACACGAUUUCAAUGGUCGAACUUGCACAGUUCAAUUCAAUGAUCGAGAAAAACGUUGUUUCACAAGAAAUGCGUUGAAAAUGGCGUUGAAUGACGUUUCAGUAUUGAUUAAGAAUCCAAAGUUUCAAUUGGAACGUUUUAUUUUCUCUACAAUCUAUGAAGACACUGAAGACGUGGAAACAGCGAUGAACUGGUUUAAAUCAAUUUCCGAUUCUGGAAACUUGUGGAAAGUCGGAAAAAUCAUAUUGAGAACUAGUGAUUGUAAUAUUCCGCGAAUUCUGUCCAGUUUCCAGCCAGCAGUCCUCAGAAGUAUUACAAUUCCGUACCAUCUGAAUUUGAGCACCCUGGUUGAAAUCUUCAAAUUGGAGCAAUGGAAAAUGGCAAAAUCAGCUUCGAUUAAAUCAUGCCAACGUUCGCGUUUCCCCUUCGAAAAUCUCGUUCAUCUUUCAAAGUUCAGAUUACAGCUGGGUCAUUUUACGGUCGCUGAUGCUAUUAAAAUCCGCGAUGUUCUCCUGAAAUCGGCCAAUUUUAACAGCGGAACUAUCAUUGUGUUUGACCCUUCCAUAAUAGAUAUUCUGCGUGUUUUCGAUCCAAACUAUAACGUCAUGGAGGAUAAAGGUUUCUAUAACGAUGGAGAAGGAGCCAAAUUCCUCAUCACACACAAUGAUCAUGAAAUGACAAUCAAACGAAUUCUAUAAUAAUCUAAAAUUCCAAUUUCUAAAAAUUCAGAAUUUUGUAUCAUUUUUGUUGUUAUUGUUAUGAAAAAU